ACCCGCGAAGCUGCAUGAGUGAACACAGAAUCAAAUCCCGCUUUGAAAACAACCGGGGGCCAUGUUUGUUGGAGCCACACGUCGGAGCCUGAGGACUUGUUGAGAGGAUGGUGAAGCGGUGGAAGGAGGAGAAGAUGCCCGGUGGACGCUCAGCAGCAGCAGCCGUCUCAUCAUCCCAUCAUCCAUCCUCCCACAGCAAAUAAAUGAGUCAACAUGGCCGCGGAGCAGCUCGCCCUGUAGCACCACUGAGACACAGAAGAAAAGAAAACACAGAUUAAAUGGCGUUCAUGUCCCGGUUCUCUCGGUCCCGGAGCAGCUCCAGGUCUCCGAGCCGAAAAGACUCCGAGCGCGUCUCCCCGAACCUGACGGUGUCCGAGCUGGAGCGGCUCCUGUACACCGGAAAGACCGCCUGUAACCACGCGGACGAAGUGUGGCCGAGACUCUACAUUGGAGAUCAAGACAUCGCAUCAGAUCGGCGCGAGCUGGCCAAGCUCGGCAUCACACACAUCCUCAACUGUGCACAGAGCAAGUGGCGCGGCGGAGCCGAGUAUUACGCCGGGAUGAACAUCACCUAUCACGGCAUCGAGGCUCACGACUCGCCCACCUUCGACAUGAGCGUCAACUUCUAUCCUGCUGCUGAGUUCAUCCACAAAGCCCUGACGAGUGGAGGUAAGGUGCUGGUCCACUGCACUGUGGGAGUGAGCCGCUCAGCCACUCUGGUGCUGGCCUACCUGAUGAUCAGACAGAACCUGACCCUGGUGGAGGCCAUCAAAACGGUGAAAGACCACCGAGGCGUCAUCCCCAACCGAGGCUUCCUCCGCCAGCUCAACGGCCUGGACGGCAUCCUGAGAGACAGCCGCAAGACGUCGCCGCAGAGCUGAAAACGCCUCAGCACAAGGCACGACCUGAGGUAGCAGCCAGUCUGGUUUUACACUGAGGGAGAUAUUGGGACCAAGUUAGGAGCAAACUGGGAUUUUGACACUGUGGCUCUGAGAGGCAACAGGUGACAGGAGGGUUUGUCUGAUAUCAGUAUCUUCACUCAUUCAUUUUUAUUAUACUGUGUCUGUUUAGCCUCUGACACAGCGUUAGCACUGGAAGGUAAACGUCUCCAGUGAGGCCCAUAUUCUUUGAGAUAAGGGGGGUGGCCACAUGUUCGCUGCCAGAGAGAACACCCUCGGCCCAGAGAAUAAUUCAUCACAAUCAAGUCUGGUCAGUGUAAUCCACCACAAAGUUGUGUUACGGGACUUUAAAACAUAUGAGAAUCUAGCUCUGUCCACACCAGCAAUUAAAACAGCAGAAUUCUUGUAGCAAAAUUCAUUAAUGUCAUAUGGUAAAAACUGGCAAGCCGUGUUGACAGAGCUGACCUGUGAGGGCAGCUAUCACUCACCUUCCAGUUCAACCUACUCUGUUUUGUUUUUCCCUCUUCAGUAGCUUUUUUUAAUUAAGUUAUGUAAUUUUUAAUUAAGUUAUGUAAUUCUAAGAACAUAAUGCCAGCGGAGUAAAUGGCAAAUCAAAGAGACAAUAGAGAGAAGCUCAGGAAACUGCUGUGACUGAUGUUCCCGGCUGGUUAGCGUGUUAACGAGUCCUGCGUCACCGAGCCUCUACAGCUACAUGUUCCGCUGCUCUCUGGUGUGACCAGGCCUAGAUCCUCCAUUCACACGAGGAAAACGCCACAAUUACAUAUACAAAUAAUAACAUGAUAAACAGAAGUUCACAUUUAGGAGCCAGAGGGGCCUGAGGUUUUUCAUUAGCUUAGAAAAAUGGUUCCCAACUUAGGGGUGGGGACCUCCCAGUGGGUUCACAAGAGAAA